CUUAGCAGAAGCAGAAAGCAUUUUGUGAUUGUGGUCUGUUUGCUUGCCGGAACAGGUGAUCACCCUGAUCUGGUGUGAGAAAACAUAUUUCACUCAGAAUAUUGAUCUGUUCACUAUCUGUUAUAGUUGUUUCUCAAUUAAUAAUCAUGGCAAGCAUGUUACCACCAGUCAUGCUUACUUUACCUGAAGCUCAAGAGGAAUUUCACGACUUGUUGCGGAAACUUAGGGACCCCCAUAACCAAAGGAAACUCAUUGAUUGGAUUAAAUAUAAUUGGAGAGAAGAUGAUGAGGAGUCUCCUGAAGGUAUACUGAGAUCAAUAGCUACUGAUGUUCGCCUUCAUCUUCCAAUCGAAGCUGUACUCCCAUCCGAAAAAAUUAUUGUGCCGACUACUGGAGAGAACUCUGAUUGUGAUCCAAAGUAUACAAGACAUGUAGACUCUUUCCUAUAUGAUAAUGAAUUGCUACAUGAACUCACAGCCAAGGGAGUGAUUGAGUCACACUAUUGUGUGCAAUGUGGAUCCACCAAAACAAAAUCACUCACUUUUAUAUCUCAUUCAGCUUCACGUGCUCAAAUAGCGUAUAUGUAUAAUGUCCUAUUGCCACCCUUAGAUGACGAUAAGGUGUUGCUGGAUGUUGGCUCCCGUUUGGGUCCAAUUUUGUAUGGGGCAUACCUUUAUACAAAUGUUGGAAAAAUAUAUGGCAUUGAAAUAAAUGGUGAGCUCUGUAGAAUGCAAAGGGAAAUUGUCAUGAAAUAUGGCUUCCAGGAUCGAAUUGAAAUAAUUGACAGUAGUAUUGAACAACGCACUGACUUGCUUGCCUCCGCUGAUAUAAUUGUGCUGAACAAUGUGUUUGAAUUCUUCAUGGAACCAAAUGAGCAGAUUAAAAUGUGGAAACUAAUAUUUGAACGAGUGAAAAAGAAAGCUCUUCUAGUUACGUGUCCUGCACUCGAUGUCACUAUGGAAAGCCUGCCGGACGUUGGAAUUGAUAUGGAUAAAUGGGUGCAAGAAUUGGAUGUUUUUAACAUGGAUGCCCCAGAUAUGCCAACUGAUGACCCUGAGCUCAAGAUGAUUCAUCUCUAUGAAGUCAUUAAUCCAGGAAAAACUAAUUAGUCACUCUCCUUCUAUUAAGGCUUUGAAAAUUAUUUAUCAUGAAAGACUUUUACAAUUUUUUAUCUACAUGUAAGGCUCUAAUUUUUUCUUGACAGACUGGUUUGUAUACACAGCCUGUUACUGUAACUUGUGUGUUGAUUUAUGGCCUUAGGAAAGUCAUUUCCCACUGCAAACCAUUCUGAUCCCAAUACCUCUGCCCUGCAAUGUAAGUUGUAACUACAUAUUUCAUCCAUGUCUUUGUUAACCAUUCCAACUAUGACUCUACAUAUAACAUAUAGUUAAAGAGUUAGCUGUAUUAUUCAAAUUUCAUAUGGGAAUAAACCACAAUAAUGGCCAUGUAUGUUAACAAACUCAAACCCAAAGAAUAAAUUGACAAACAAAAUGAA